AUGGGCUUCUUCAGCCAAGAUGGUAUCCGCUCGACGAGGACUUCGACUGAGAAAAAGCUUAUUUCUUCCUCAUGGUACCUACCUGAUCNNUUCUUCGCCUUGUUUUGUGACGACCCUCUGAUCGAUGUACAGACUUACUGCUGUGCCUGCUACUUCUUCAACUACCUCGAUCGCCAAUCAUUCGCCAAUGCAUAUGUCUCCGGCCUGCGUGAGGACUUGGGUCUCGUCGCCAACGAAUACAGCAUCUUGUUGUCAAUGUGGACGGCAGGUAGUGUCAUUGCUGGCAUCCCUCACUCGUUGAUCAUCCAGAAAGUCGCACCUCGGGUCUGGCUUCCAUUGAAUCUGAUUCUCUGGUCGGGAGUGACGAUGUGUCUUGCCGCAUGCACAGAUUUCAGAGGUCUUUGUGCGGCUCGCUUCUUCCAGGGCUUCUUCGAGGCAAGUGUCUAUGGAGGCAGCAUGUAUGUGUUUGGCUCGUGGUACACGCCUUCUGAACUCUCCAAGAGAGCUGCAAUCUUUACCGCCGUCGGGCAGGUUGGCAGCCUGUUCUCAGGGCUCAUGAUGACAGCGAUGAACAAAUCCCUGCACGGCAAUGCCGGUCUCACGGGAUAUCAGUGGGUUUUCAUCAUCAACGGCUUGAUGGGUAUACCCUUUGGUAUCUUUGGCUUCUUUUUCUUCCCCAAUCUUCCCGAGACUAUUACGGCUUCUUACCUCAGCAAGGAGGAAAUCCAGAUCGCGCACGAUAGACUCGGAGCCAGGAAAGACAACAGUCAUAGCAUACACUGGAGAUCGUUGGUUGGCAGAGUGCUCAAGACACCGCACAUCUAUCUGCUCGCCUCAUUGUCGGUGAUUUCUGGCAUGCUCGAGGCAUUUGCUUUCCAAGGCAUGUUGCUGCUCUGGAUGAGAUACCACAAGGCGCGAUUCAGCCAAACCGCCAUUACCACCUAUCCUCUUGGCAUCCAAUCCGUGGCCAUCGUAUCCCAGAUUGGCGCAGGCAUCUUCAUCGACCGAACUGGCCAAAGAGUUCCCAUGGUUGUGCUGGCGGCGAGCGUCCAGCUUGUUGCUGCUAUCUUGCUCUUGCAACCGCAUCUCUCUGACGGCGGAGUAUUUUCUGCUCACUAUCUGAGCGGCACUUCGUUCAUCGUCAAUCCCGUCAUGUAUGGCUGGGCCAAUACCAUUCUGCAACGCACUGGAGAUGAUGCAGCGAGAUCGGUGAUCUUGUAUACCAUGGCGCUGAGCGGUCAGCUCCUGUACACAUUUUGGGGUAUUGUCAUGUAUCCUGCAACCGAUGCGCCGUACUGGAAGAAAGGAGCAAUCACUAUGGUUGUUGUGUGUUUUGCAUAUGUUGCAAUUGGCUUCGGUGUCAAGAAGGUGAGUUUUUCCUUUUUCCUUGUCGGAAUGCAGUUUGCUAAUAUUGCCGCAGNNCUUGAUGAUGAAACGAGACCGCUCUCGUCAGAUGUUAGUGACGAGGACACAAUCGAGGAAGUAGCCUCGGAACAGCAGACGACGAAAAUGGGUUAG